GAAAAAACUAAAAACAUCCUAACCCAAUUAGGCAAUCCCGUAGCCAAGGAGACAAGGACCCAAAGUCGCAGUCGGCCCGUCGUAGUCCUGCAGGCUGCAGACCACACCCGCCUCACGCCGCCGCAUCCCCGCUGGCCGCAGCCCUACGGUUCCCGCCCCUGCUUCGUGAUAGUCUGCUUAUCCGAAUCUCAUUUCUCAGCUUGUGGCACUGUGGAAGUUCUGGCUGAGUGGCUGCUGCCGUAGCUCCGCUAAUCGCCCCAAACCCCAGGCAGCAGAAACUCUGGAAAUUAUCACUGCACACUGUUGAGUAGGGUUUUCUUCACCUAUGCCAUGGAGCUGGGGUUGGUCAUUGUGUUGAGAGCAAUAUGGCUUGCUGCAAUUCUUCCCAUUCUGAUUGCCUCAAUUCCUUCUUCCAAGUUUGAUUGGUUUCACGAAUUUUUGUUGAUGUUUGCUAGGCGAGGCAAGAUCAUGCAAUCUUCAUCCCAUAAAUUGACUGUCCCUCAAAAGUUCUUCUGUCAUUUUUAUGUUCUUGCUUCUCUCUGGACAGCACUUCUGCUAAUUGCAAUGUGGGUUUAUGCAUGUAUGCCCACACUGAUGAUCUCUGAAAUGUCACUUUUUCCGAGCAUUGUGAGUGAACUGGCGGGAGGUUCACAUGAUCUUUCUUCACACACUUCUCAUUCAAUAAAGGAAAAUGGUGGAAUUCUUUUAUCUGUCUUUAUGCUCUUACUAAUGGAAACCCACUUACUCCGACGCCUUUUUGAGUCAGUAUAUGUGUUUAAGUACAGCCCAUCUGCCAGAAUGCACAUUUUUGGCUACUUCUCAGGCUUGAUUUUUUAUGCAGCCGCUCCUUUGUCUCUUUGUUGUAAUCAUAUUCCAGAGGUUUUCAAAUUCACUUUGAGUUUGUUCCAAGAGUUUAUUUUGAAGGAGAAAGAUAGAAUACAAGGAACCAAGUUUGUUUUGUCGGGAUUUGUAAACCCUCUAAGUAAUCUAAGAUGGUACACAUGGAUUGGUGCCACUAUUUUCUUUUGGGGUAUGAUUCAUCAGCACACUUGCCAUGUUAUUUUGAUUAAGGCUUUGGGCUUCGCGACAUAAAGUAAAGAACACAGGUUGGAGGCAAAGAAUAAGAAAUGAGGUCAAGCUUCGCGGGAGUAGAUAACGGUGGAGAAGGCGGGGCAUUGGCGGCCGGUGGGGCGACCUGCUUCAGUAGCUGGUGAGGCAACAUGUGACAGCUUAAAGGAUUAAAUGUCGCAUUUUUCCAGGCUGGGUCAGCAAAAUAAACUAUAUCUGGCGUCGCCAUGGCCCAUGGCGACUGACGAUGCCUAAUCAUCGCCGCAGAAUGCCUAGGAAGCUUCAGGGCAUGUUGAGGAAGAACAAACAACAAUCUGUUGAUUACAUAGUACCCUGCGGAGAUUGGUUUCAAUAUGUUUCAUCUCCACAUUAUCUGGCUGAGAUUGUCAUAUAUUUUGGUCUCGUGGUUGCACGUGGAUGCUCGGAUCUCACAGUGUGGUUACUCUUUGGUUUCGUGGUGGCAAAUCUUGUCUUCACAGCGGCAGAAACACAUAGAUGGUAUCUGCAUAAAUUUGACAACUACCCUAAAGAUCGCUUCGCCAUUCUGCCCUUUGUUUAUUAAUGACCAAUGACAUGGUAUUCACAUCUGUUUACAUCCUCACAUAUUAUUAGAUGCAGAUUGAUGAGUGUCAUGUGGAUUUCUUACACGUUUGCAUUUUAGAACAAUUAUCUUCUUUGAAUUGGAGCUCGCCUAGAAAGCAAGGAACCAAGACAAUUUGUGUGAACCUGAUAUGAGAAACCAAUUGAGAUUGCAAAGAGUAAUGGUACCUGGGUGUCUCCGUAUUUGUGUAACAUUGUCGAACUUGUGUCUUAUUGGAAUUCAAAAGAAGAGUGGUAAAAGCCGAUCUUGAGUUGAGUAAUUUGAGUCACACAUCAUAUAUAUAUAUAUAUAUAAAUAGCUGGGGAAUACUUAGAGACUUAAUUCUAGCUUGUUGAGUUGGUUGAUAAAGAAACUGGAUGUAUUUUUUUGGUUGAAAGUAUUGAAGUUGAUCAAGCAUGAUCACUUAUGCUUUUUCUCUUAUAACUCAGUUUUCCACUACUCAACAUAUUAAGCUAUUCCAAUGAAAAUUCAAACAAUUCCAUCAGAGUAUCAGACUCAGUUCAACUAUUUUAAG